CACUGUAUCUUCAAACAGGAAAUCUGAGAUUGAGAACAACUUAUAUUUUGGCUUGUAUUUGUUGAUCAUGGGGUGAUCCAGAAAUAAACUCCAGGCUUCAAAGAGAGAGUGUUUCAAAGCUGCCCUGCAGUAGAUCGAGCCAUCCAGGGAGAGGAGGGAGAUGAAUGCUGCUGGGGGUUUUCUGAAUUAAGGCUUAGUCAAGGACAUGACUCUUUUUCAACAUUAAUUUUCUUGUUUCAGAAACAAUAAGGUGAGCAGAGCAUGGCCACACAGAUUACAACCACAGCAAACACCCAAAGAGAAGUAAUAGGUUCUGAGGAGUACAGUCUGUACAGUAGCAUGAGCGAAGACGAUCUUAUUCAACUGGCCAUACAACGGAGCUUGGAAGAGGAUCCCUCAGGUCAGUCAGCUGCCCAGAGUCAUCAGAAAUCAGUCAUGACAGCCCCGGGAGAGCCAACCAUAGCCAAUCGGCCCUGCCCUCAUAAUCCACCACAACAGCUUUACCCUUGGCACAGGUUGGCAGCACAGUCUGGAGGCCGUGGUCACCCUUCCAACUUGGGCGCAUCGUGGGGAGUUAGACGGAGAUACGACGGCAGCCUGUUCACCUCAUCCCAGCCUGUAGAGCUAGAUCCAGUAGCAGUAGCAAUCAAGGAAGGAGAUGAAAAUGCUGUGCUUAACAUGAUGAAAUCGGGGAAAAACCUUUCUGAACCUAACAAAGAUGGAUGGUUACCCCUGCAUGAAGCAGCCUACUAUGGUGAAGUAGGAUGCCUGAAACUGUUGCAAAAAGCAUACCCUGGAACCAUUGAUCAGCGUACUCUUCAGGAAGAGACAGCAGUCUAUAUAGCAACAUAUAGAGGACACCUGGACUGUCUGCUUUCUUUGCUACAAGCUGGAGCUGAACCUGAUAUUGCAAACAAAUCCAGAGAGACUCCACUCUAUAAAGCCUGUGAACGCAAGAAUGUAGAAGCUGUGAGGCUGCUGGUGCAGUACAAUGCCGACACAAACCACCGGUGCAAUCGGGGUUGGACAGCUCUCCACGAGGCCGUCUCUCGGAAUGACCUGGAAAUCAUUGAUAUCUUGAUCAAAGCGGGAGCCAAGAUUGAAUCCACAAAUGCUUAUGGAAUCACCUCUUUAUUUGUGGCAGCAGAGAGUGGGCAGUUAGAUGCUUUGCGAUACCUUGCUAAGUGUGGUGCUGAUAUCAAUACCCAAGCCAGUGAUAAGGCCUCUGCUCUUUAUGAAGCUUGUAAAAAUGGACAUGAAAAGAUCGUGCAGUUCCUGUUGUCACAAGGUGCAGAUGCUAACAGAGCUAAUAAGGAUGGGCUGUUACCUCUUCACAUAGCAGCCAAAAAAGGCAAUUAUGAGAUAGUCACAAUGUUGAUCCCCGUGACUAGUCGCACUCGAGUCAAGCGCAGCGGUAUCAGUCCUUUGCAUUUGGCGGCUGAGCGCAAUAAUGACUACAUCUUGGAAGAGCUGGUUGAGGCCGGCUAUGACGUGAACUUCACCCUUUCUCCUGAGAGAUCCCGGCUCUAUGAGGACCGGCGGAGCACCGUCCUCUACUUCGCUGUCAUGAACAAUAAUAUCUAUGCCACAGAGCUGCUGCUGCAAGCUGGGGCCAACCCCAAUGUUGACCUUCUCAACCCUCUGCUCAUCUCCAUUCGCCAUGGCUGCCUGAAAACUAUGAAGCUGCUCCUUGACCAUGGAGCGAAUAUUGAUGCAUACAUUUGUAGCCACCCCACCACCUUCCCUGCUACCAUCAUGUUUUCCAUGAAGUACCUUCCUCUGCUAAAGUUUCUAAUGGAUCUGGGCUGCGAUGCUAAUUCCUGUUUUAAGUGUCAGUAUGGAAAUGGCCCACAUCCCGUACUAGACUAUAGAAGGGACAGAUUUAAUGAGCCUCGGGUGAGCAAACAGCCAAGCGUAGUACAGUUUUGUGACAUGGUGUCUGCUCCAGAGAUGAAUUGCUGGGCUGGGCCUAUUAUUGAUGUUCUUCUAGAUUAUGUGGGCAAUGUGCAGCUCUGUUCCAGGCUCAAGGAGCACAUAGACAGCUACGAAGAGUGGGCUGUCAUUAAAGAAAAAGCAGAGCCACCAAGGCCUCUCACACACCUUUGCCGGAUCCGAGUUCGAAGCUUGAUUGGAAGAAACCGUAUUAAACUUAUUGACACUUUGCCUCUCCCAGACAGGCUGAUUCGAUACUUACAGUACGAUUAUUCCCAAUGACCGCAGGCAAACCUGGCAAUCUGCAGCCUUCUGGCCUGACACCCGGAGUCAUGACAGAGGACAGUAGUAUUCACGUAAUGAUGGUGAACAAAGUGCAUGAGGGGCUGAGAAGGAAUCUCUGUCACCUGACAUACGGCAUCUCCCAAUAGCUAAUCUACGAGCAGUGACAUUCUGGAGAAAGAGAAAGGGGGAAGUGAGAGAGCGUGGCAAAAGUGGAUCUGUCGUCAGAUUUUCCAAAAGAACGCAUACUCUGCAAUGCCACAUCUUCACAGUGUGGGCUCUGAAGAAGGGGGAUGAAAGCCAACACUGGGAAAUGAGGAAAGCCAAAUGCAAGUAACACUGGGAGGCUUGAAAAGAACAUUGAGGUCUUGCAGAGGUUAGAGUCCUUCAGUCACUGUCAAAAAUCAGCAUAUCUGGGAAGCUACGCGCUGAUUGGGGGCUUUUUUUGUAUUUUUUUUUUGUUUUGUUUUGCUUUUUGUUGCAUUAUAUUGGACAGUUUGCUGGUUGCUGAUCACCUGAUACCACAUUUUCAUUUUGAGGUUUUUUGGGGGGAGGCUUUCUUUAUGAAUAGUUGACUUGAUUUCUGAGCACUUGAAACUGAGAACCUUUUUUCCUCAACAAAAUAUUUUGUAAAUAUUGGGGUAAAUCCCUAAGUCGUGCCUCAGGCUAAACUCCCAUUAAAUUCAAUGGAAGUUCCCUUUAAGUAAGAUCUAAGGACAGAAAGAUUUAACCCUGAGCAAAUACUUUGUUUGUAAUUUAGUAAAUAUGCACGUGAAGUGGACAGUGUUCAAGAUAAAUGGUUUCCUGGACUGGGGAUCCUGAAGCAAUCCUAAACUCACAUAAGCUGGUGUAAAUCAGAAGUAGCUGUUUUAAUGUCAGUGGAUUUACUUUAGCAUGAGAGCAGAAUCAGGCCUUGAAUUUUUUCUAGAAAAUGCCAGUGGAGCAAAAGCUCUAAACUGCUGUUACUGAGAGAAGAGAACAAUUAUUUCAGUGUUACUAAACACAAAAACAAAGACUUUCAAAAACAGGCACCCAACUAGAUACUUCUAAAUCCUUAUUGACGAUAAGAAUGAUGGAUCCGUAUUAAUGAUAAAAUGUCUAUAUGUAGUGCGGGGUUGUGACACAGUGGGCGUGUUUAUACAUGCAUUUAUACUAGCUUAAAUUUACUGCGCAGUAAGCGGGAAUAAGCCAGUGUCUACAUGUGUAUGCAUUAAAGUGCAUUAACGCUAUGUGUGGUCUGACUUGGGACUAAAGUUAGUCCUAAGUCAGUCCACACACACAGUAUUACUGUACCUUAAGGCAUCUACAUGUGCGUGACUGCACAGGAAGUAAUCAGGUGUAGAAUUGAUACCUGCGUGAUGCAAAUUUACACUCAAGUCAGUGUAAAUUGCCAUAUUUACUGCACAGUAUGGGCAUGCACGUGUAGACAUGCCCAGUGAAUCAUUGCUUAUGGCAUAAGUCAUUCCACUCAAAUCAGUGAGGCCACUUCUUGGAGUAAGAUGCUGCUCAUGUGGAACAAAUGUAUCUUUGAUACUUUGGCCUAAAUUACAAGAGAGCUGAAUAUCUCACAGCUCCCAGUGACAUCAGUAGAAGUUGCUAUUUCAGCCCCUUUGAAAAUCAGAUCAUUUAUUUUGGCACCUACAUAACGAUAUAAGAGCCUAACUGUCUCUGCAGAUCUUGGCCUACAAACACAUUGGUCUUUUCCCUCUGACUAAAAAUACAACAGGAGAUUUGGGUUACAGGCUGACUUGGGGACAAACCAGAGAUUUUUCUGCAAGCACAUAUGAUAGUUAUGCUUCUAUUUGUUGAGUUGGGUACCAUAUCCUGAACUGAGCAGGGUAAAAUCUAAAUAGGGUAAAUGCUUCUUCCUCUCAAACAGAUCUCCACUGCAGCAAGUCCUCUUUGUGUAGUGUUUUAAAUCCUAACUCAGAAGUUGGACACUUAUGGUCCAGAAGCUGGGUCCAAUCCAUGGAGACAUUUGAUCCAGCUCACAAAUAUGUGGAGCUUUGGCAGCAGUAGCGGUGGGUGCAUUUCCUGGGCUGCCCUGGGGAAAACCAUCAGUGUCAGGCACUUUCCCUGUGCUGCUGUGGGGAAAAGAGGCAGUGGCAUCCGAGUCCUAGUGGCUUCCCCUCUGCCUCUGACCCAAACUGGGUCAUUUUGCUCUGCAGCCUAAAAAGGUUGCUGACGACUGCCCUAAGAUACGGCUAAAAGUACCUUCCCCCAUUACAUCUGCCUUUCCACAAGAUUUUAGAACCUGAUUUCACCUCCAGAAGGUUAGAGAUUAAAUCUCUUCCAGUACUUGUGGCAUGGGCUGUAAACAAAAGCAGCAGUCAUUUUAGCUAAGUACAUACUCGUGUGUGACUGUCCCCGUCCAAAAUAGACAGUUGAGAAACCAGUGUGGUUCCAAUUCAGACUGAGCUGAGAUCUUGCCAAGCUUUGCCAAGACGGGUGAAGCCCUGGCCCUGGAUGAGAUCCCUCAGCUGGUAAACACAGGUGUUAAUCCAUCCACUGACUUCAGUGACACUAGCUUACCCUCCUGCGAGCCUCUCCCAUCUUGUCGAAUGACAAAGCGGAUGUUGUAUCAGGAUUGAAAGUACUGAAGACGUUUUCUCAUGAAAGACCCUACAUAUUAUCCCCACCUCUAGCCACGCUUGGCCCUCUUGCUGCCUCAAGACUGCAUAGUGUCCAUGGGCCUGAUUCUGUGGGAUGCUGAGCAGUUUAGUCAAGCUCAGAGGGCAAGCUUCCAGAACAAGGUUCCAGGACACAGAUCCUCACCUGUGUAACCGGACACAGUCCAGUUACUACAGAGGCUGGCAGGCAUUCGCCACAGCUAGGAACUGUCCCCUGGGGAAUGCAGGAUUAAAAGUAGUUUGCUGAAUUGAAAGGCCUGACUAAGCAGCUCAGCAGUCUGCAUGGUUAAGAUACGCUGAUUUCUGCUACCAAGAGCACAAAGGAGUGAUGUGGCAGCACCUCUGGAUACCUCUGCCUCCCCAGUCCAAAUGAUCAGUCAUGCAUUCACUUCUGGGUUACAGCCUUCAUCAUGACCCUGGUGGGAGUCUUAUGUUUGAACCUCAGGGUUCAAAGUAAGCGGUUGCUACUACUCUGCCACCAAACUCCAGUCAGGUAAAUAGGCCACUAAAAAUCUCUCAUCAUGUCUAGGCACUAAUCACAAGAACUCAAAUCUGCAGAGAUUUUUUUUCAUAAUUCUUACACCAAUUAAAAGAUACCCCAUUAUUACUAUUAACAGUGAGCCACCAUUUGCUAAGAAACAAACAAAGAAGAGAUUCAGAUGUACACCCACCUCCCCCUACCAAAUGAGGAGUUCAGCAUGUGUUCCAUAGACAUUAGUGCUUUCCUGAAAGACAUCCCAGUUUUGGUCAAACAUAGAUUUAUUUUGGAAUAUUUAAAAUGAAUAUAAAUGAACAAACAUAGGGCUUGUUUGUGCUGCCUAUAUUACACUGGUGAGUGCUUAUUUCACUGCAGAGCUUGCCCCCAUAAAGAGGUGCUCAGCUAUUUGUAACAGGAUUGAACAGCCCAGUUCUUACAGUCCUAAUAGUACUGUGUGAACUAAAUAGUUUUUUGAUAUGUUAAAAAUUGCCUGUCUAACUGCUGUAACCUCCCCUUGAAAUGAGUUGGGCAGCUAUAACCUGGUUUUUGCUCCCUGCUAUAAAUCAGGAUUAAUUACCCAGUGUAACAGAGUAGAAUCAGUCUGGGAUGUACAUAGAUACUGAUAUUUUUUGGUAGAAACAGUUGACCUAAACCUCUGUUGGACAUAAAAUCAGAUAAUUUCAGACCACCUGGCUGAUUAAAUGAUUUGAAGUCAUAAAUGAUGUGUAUAUACUGUAAGUGUGGGGUUUCAUAAGUAAUUCAUGGUGAGAAACCUUUACAUAGGCAAAAUAAUCAUGAGUGGCAUUUUUUUUAUUUAAAAAAUUUGAAACUAUAUAUGGAUUGACCGAAAAUCAAGUUUUGUUUCUUUUUUCUUAGACAAAAGGCAUCAGUCCUUGAUUGGAUUCCUAUGGAACUGAUUAUUCUUUCACAUUUGUAUGUCAGGAAUCACUACAUUUAAAUCAAUAGUGCUACAAGGUGUAAAUAUAAUGUAACUACAAGAAGUAUCAAGUCCAUACUACGCACAUAGUCUGAGUACAAAUCAAGCCAUUUGAAGAUUUGACCUGGAAAUUGCAUUAUUACUUUAUCCUUUUUGUCUGACCAUUUCUUCCAGCCUUUACACUGUUGAUUUAUUAGGGUAUUAUUUGCACUAAAACAGGGCGGGCUACCUCUUAUACACUGAGAUUAGACACAGUGAGUUCAUCAGUGAAAUGGAAUUGGUACAAAUUCUGUUCUCACCUAUAAAAGUUAAUACAUCUGUACAGAAGUUACUGUGAAACUGAACAAAACUACCAGGCUGUUGUAACAAGUGGAGCUGUUCCAAUGUACAGUAACAUGGUAAAUUUUAGUGAUCCAGUAAUGAUGGCUGUUUGUCAGCUGUUCUAGGAAUAGUACAUGACCAGAUUACUGUACUUACUGAAACAUGUGCAAUUCAUUUUAUAUUCUUGUGCACUUUUUUUGUUGAUUUUUUUGUAUGAAAGGUUUUCAUUUUUUCAUUAUUUAUAAAAGCUAUUGUGGUUUUGACGUUUAAAAUUUGCAUUAUACUUUAGUAAAUAGUAGCUUUUAGAUGUUGUUUUUCAUCAUUUAAACAAAAUAGAAAUAAACUAACAGAUUACCAACUUCUUGUGAACUAUAGCAUUUGAGAAACUAGACAAAAGUAAGAUGAAGCCUAUUUCAGCCGAUCCAGUCAGUAACAACUAAUCUGAAGUGGAAAGAGAAGAGUAGAGGAGCACAGAUGCUGCUUUUCUUCAAAUUUUUGGGAAGAGCUCAUGUAAAUCUUGUCAUUUAUUUCAACUCUGUUUAAUAAUGCCAUUGUGCUCAUUUGGGUUCUCAUUGCUGUCACUCUCAGAAGGCAUCAGAAAUCCAUGAAGGGUCAAAAUCUUGAAAAUAGACCUGAGCAGAGGAUGGACAAUUCAUUGUACUAAGGAUUUCAAGAUUUCAAAAUACGGCUUCCGUCAGAAUCCAGGAAGGAAACAUUGAAAGAGAGACGAGAAGGGGGUGGGGGAGAUUGAAAUGUUUUGUUUCAAUCUCUGAUUUUGAUUUUUUCUUUAACAUUAUAUUAUUUAUAUGAUACUUGAUUAUAUCAUAUACAACAAUGUAACAUUUUCAAAAGUCAAAAUGGGAAGUUGUUUGAAAAGGAAAAACAGAAAAAAACAUUCUGAAAAUGUUUAAAUGGCUUAUUUCAGCAUGGUUAGGACUCAUUCCUGAUUUUCUUCAGAAAUAAAUUACUGCAAAAUUGA